GGUUCUGAGUGUGAUCCGGUUAAGUGACGUCAUCAAUCUCGCACCGGAGCAGGAAGUGUCGGUGGGACUCUAAACAACGUAAAAGCAACCUGCGCGCUCUCGCUGUAACGAGCAAACAUGUAACAUCUAAUUACUCAACAGAACUAGCAAAGCACCGAAUCAGACCCCGAGUUCAAACCCAUGUCAGUCUAACGCAGGCGUUGAGACUCAUUUCACGGAGGAGAGAUGAUGGAGAUGCGGGGCUGCGGUAUGCGCAGCGCCGUCGGGUUCCUCUCCCGCAGGACGCUCGGCGGACAGCCGCACCUGAAGGAGGAGUUCCAGCGGCGCAGGCUGGCCGGCUGCACCAGCCUCUACAAGAAGGACAUGCUCGGACACUUCGGCUGCGUCAACGCCAUCGAGUUCUCCAACAAUGGAGGCCAGUGGCUGGUGUCUGGUGGUGAUGACCGCCGAGUGUUGCUGUGGCACAUGGAGAAAGCAAUACACUCAAGGGCCAAACCAAUCAAGUUGAAGGGGGAGCACCUUUCCAACAUCUUCUGUCUGGCUUUCGACAGCACCAACAAGCAUGUUUUCUCUGGAGGAAACGAUGAGCAGGUGAUUCUGCACGAUGUAGAACGUGGUGAGACGCUUAAUGUCUUCCUGCAUGAUGACGCUGUCUAUGGUCUGUCUGUCAGCCCUGUAAAUGAUAACAUCUUCGCCAGCUCCUCUGAUGACGGCCGAGUUCUCAUAUGGGACACACGAGAGCCGCCACAUGGAGAACCGUUCUGUUUGGCCAACUACCCCUCGGCAUUCCACAGCGUGAUGUUUAACCCCACAGAACCCCGUCUGUUGGCCACCGCUAACUCUAAAGAGGGAGUGGGGCUAUGGGACAUCCGCAAACCCCGCAGUUCUCUGUUGCGGUAUGGAGGGAGUUUGUCUCUGCAGAGCGCCAUGAGUGUGCGCUUUAAUAGUAUGGGGACUCACCUGCUGGCUUUGCGCAGACGUCUGCCUCCUGUCCUGUAUGAUCUGCACUCCCGUCUGCCCAGCUUCCAGUUUGAUAACCAGGGCUACUUCAACUCCUGCACCAUGAAGAGCUGCUGCUUCGCUGGAGACCGAGAUCAGUACAUCCUGUCUGGCUCAGAUGAUUUUAACCUUUACAUGUGGAGAAUCCCCAAUGAUCCUGAAGCAGGAUGCCUGGGUCGAGUGGUGAACGGGGCCUUUAUGGUUCUGAAAGGUCAUCGAUCCAUCGUGAAUCAAGUCCGCUUUAACCCUCACACGUACAUGAUCUGCUCCUCCGGGGUGGAGAAGGUCAUUAAGGUCUGGAGUCCCUAUCAGCAGCCAGAUAGUUUUGGAGAUCUUGAAGGUCUAGUGGAGGACAAGUCUCGCGCUCUCUACACUCAUGAGGAAUACAUCAGCCUGGUCCUCAACAGCGGAAGUGGCCUGUCACAUGAUUACAUCAGCCAAUCGGUGCAGGAGGACCCACGGAUGAUGGCUUUCUUUGACUCGCUGGUUCGUCGCGAGAUCGAGGGAUGGAGCUCAGAUUCAGACAGCGAUUUGAGCGAGGGCGCCAUUCUGCAGCUGCAUGCAAGAGCGCGACGCGCUACGCGAUCCACAGCACGGUCUCCUGCCAAUGCAUCCGCUGCUCAUCAAAGCGACUCAGACCACGCCGGGCCAGAUGCACUGGAGAGUGAGCAGACUGAUCAGGAUAGGGGCGGGUCACAGAGGAGGCAGACGGAGCCACGUGCAUCUGCAUUUCUGCUGGACCUUGUGAAUGAGGACACUGAUUCCAGUGGGUUCUGGCUAGAUCCAAUGCCCCGUCCCAGAUCUCCUAGUCCACAUGAGAACUCAAGCCUCUCGAGCCAUGUCUCCUCAAGGGGUGUGGUCUCUAGUUCUAGCUCCUCCCCAAGCUCUUCCUCUAGCUCCUCCUCCAGCAGUGACGGCAAUGAUGAGGAGCUGCGUAGAAGCAGGAUGCGACAGCGCAAUGCUGCCAGAUGGAGGCGCCAUAUGGGUGACUCCAGCAGGGACUCAGCCCACAAUCUUCGUUCCGCAACCGAUUCCUGCACAUACCCGAACAUAUUCGUUAAUGAUCAGGCAUCACCUUCUUCGACCUCGGGUGAGGAAGGUCGCCCUUUUAGGAAUCGUGGGAAAGAAAAGAGGAGUGAAUACGUCUCAAGUCCCACAACCUUAUCUGACAGAAAUUCUCAAUCACAGUCCAGAUUUAGAAGGCACAUCAUUUCCUCCCACUCAGGUGGUGAUGCCCCUGUUGAGAGAGAAAUAUCGCGAGUUGGCUGGUGUUCGGAAUUAACGGGAGAACUAGAAAGGGGGAGAACAAGCGGGGAAGACUUAAGUUCGACACACAGUGCCGGGGAGGAAGUAAUUGCAACACUCGGCAGUCACACCACAGCAGGCUCUGGGGUUAACGGACGUCUACAUACCGAGGUGGAUAAUGAAAGCCCUGCUGACUCAAUUCACCCAGAAUGCUCUUUGACAGACACCGAUUUCGGUAAGUACUCCAGGACCCAGGAGGAGCCCUCUGGACGGGAGUCAGACAGUGUUGCUUGUAAACGAACUUGUUCAGACUCCGGAGAUGAGGAGGAUUCUCCUUCGGAGAAGAAGGCGAAAAUAUUGUGAUGUCACCGCACAAAACGGACUAGCUCGGAGUGAAACUUAUUUUGACUUGUGCAUCUUCGGAUUCUUUCAACAGCUUUUAUUUUCUAAGUUCUAAACCAACAUCCUUCGUUCUCUUUCUCCAAUGUCAUGCAUUUUGGGGUCACACCUCAGUCAGCACACUAAAAAAUUAUUAUUGAUAUUAAUAUGGGAUGGGAAAAAUAAUAACUGCAGUGUUUUUUGUUUUAUAAUAUUGUAGUUUCAUACAACCUGUAACCUUUAUGUUGGGGGUUCUAGUUUGUUUUGGAGCAGUGAAAAGAAGGGUUUUAAGAGUAUUUCUACAAGAAAGUUUCCAUGGUAACCUCAUUGAGCAGAUGCUGUUUGAGUUGUACAUUAAAGUUCUGUUCCAGUGUUUCCAUAGAAACUGCCAUGUCUUUUCUUCAUCACCAUACACUAUUAUAAUCAUCAACAGACAGGAAGUGGCUCACUGGGAUUUUUGGAUGAGGUUCUAGAAUUUUACAGUAAGAUAUUCUGUUGUGAGAAUGUCACCAUGGUGAUGCGUCUGUAUAAGCUCUCCAUCAGUCCAAUGGAGAGGAUUUAGCUGUUAAUGAACACUAUAAAAGCGGGAAUGUUAUCAGUGUGUAGAUCAGAUCUUAAACUUUUAAUGUUGUCCUCUGGUAUUUCAAUCGUCUGAUUGAUAACACCCUGUAAAUAGGACUACACAGUGUUUUCAAACAUCAGAAGUGAGAUUCCAAAUCAUAGGGAUUGUAGAUGGUCAGUUCAUAGGACAUUGCAAACAAAAUUUGAAGACGUGUACAUUGAUUUUUCACUUCAUAGGAUGUGGACAGCAAAAUUUACACAUCAGCCAAAGUUUGGUCCUCUGGUUUGAUUAAAUGCUGUGAAAAGGAGUUGAGGGUUUGGCAUUUUUAUUUAGCAUAAUUGCUAGGCAAAUGUGUAUGAACACAAUACCUUAAUCUUGACCUUUAGUUAUACAAUCAUUAAAGGUACCAUUCUCCCAAAAAUUUUAAAUCCCUCAUGAUUUACUCUCAUGGCUUCCCAAUUGUGUAUGACUUUCUUCUACAGAACACAAAUUAAGAUUUUUAGAAGAAUUUUUCAGCUCUUUUCAUGCAAGUGAAAGGGUGCAAAAAUGAGAAAAGUUGAAAAUGUAAAGCUCUAAAAUCCACAUAAAAGUAAUCCAUAUGACUCCAGUAAAUCAAUCCACGUGUUCAACCAUGAUAUAAUAGUGAGAAACAAAUCAAUAUUUAAAUGUUUUUUUUUUUAUCAUAAAUGUCCUCUCUGCCCAGUAGGUGGCGAUAUGUGAAGAAUGUGAAUUACCGAAAACACAAGAAGAAGAAUGUGAAGGUGGCGAUUACCUGAGCAGGGAGGAGAAUUUAGUUAAAGGACUUAAAUAUUUAUUUAAUUUUCACCCACACCUAUCAUAUUACUUCAGAAGAUAUGGAAUUAAUCAGUCUUCUGGAGUACUUUUAUGUUGCCCUUAUGUGGAUUUUUGAGCUUCCAAAUUUUGGCACCCAUUCACUUGCAUUGUAUGGACCUACAGAGAUGAGAAAUUCUUCUACAAAUCUAUGUGUUCAGCCGAUGAAAGAAAGUCAUACAUAUCUGGGAUGGCAUGAGGGUGAGAAUGUUAACUUUUAGGGGAACUAUCCUUUUAAGAAGACACUGAUGUUUGUAAGUUUAACAGAUCACAUUUAUUUUCUUAUUGUUAAACAGGGUUAAACAGUCUGGAUUCAUUAAAUAUAAAGGUGUGUCAAGCAAGCCAAUUUGUAUUUUACAUUUAUAAUUAAAAAUAUCAAGUUGGAGAGAAAUAAUUGAAAUUAUAAUAUUUUAGAGUAAUUUAUAUUUAUUUAAACAAGUACAUGAUGUUGUCGUACUCAAAACCCCUAAUUUAUGUUACUCAAGUGUGGCCUGUGUUUGAUAACCAUAAAAAUGAAUGAAAUGUGUCAAGUGAAGUAAACUUACAGAUACACAGUGAGCAGUGAACACUUUGAAUCACAAGUCAGCCAUUUAUGAAACUUCUCACUGCUGAUGUCGAGCAAAUUAAUUUCAUAGCCUUUAUGGAACUCACAAAACCACUGUAUUGGCCCAAAGCUCAUGGGUAAGGAACAGGUCUCCUCUCAGGAAAUGAGGAAACUACACACACACAAACACACACAGAUAUGUGCUUGGUCUGAUGAGCAGUUCAAGGCAGCCAUAAAUGGAAUUUAUUCUCUUGAUAAGGAAACUCCACCCAGCAUUAAGAACACACCCUUACCCUUGUUUCUGCUCACACACAGGUUCCCAAGGAAAUGGUGUCACCUGAUUCAAUCCUGCACGAUGAGCAGAAUCCUUACUCAUUUAGAGGAGUGAAAUGAUCUUACAUGAACUCAAUAUUCAGUU